AUGCGGCCGUUGGAGUUCGUGCAAGGCGUGCUGCCGCGCCUGCCGCGGUCGCUACAGCGCCUCGACCUCCACGCGAACCACUUCCUCUCGGCCGGCGCAUGCCUGGGGGGAAACGAGCCCGACGUGGUGGAAGGCCGGGUGGGGGACGUUUUAGGGGGAGGGCAUGCGGAAGCAGCGGCGCGGAGAGGGGAAGGGACUGCGGAAGGAGACGACGAGGAGCAGGCGGGAGGCAGCGCAGGUGAUCGUGCGUAUGAGCGCGCGCUGCCGUUACCCCAGCACGCCACUCCCCACGACUCCUUCCUCUACGCCGUCGCCUCCUCGCUCCCCGCGCUCCGCGCUCUCGACCUCGACACGCCCUCGCGCCUCUCCCACGCCGCCGUGCUCCACCUGCCGCUCGCCCUGCCGCGCCUCACGAGCCUCUCCCUCUAUUCCAACGCUAUCACAUGGCCCACUGUGUUCUCCCUGCUCGCCCUCGCGCCCUCCCUCCGCUGCCUCUCCCUCGUCUCGUCCGCGCUCACCACUUCCCCCUCCCGCCCCCGCAGACCCCCUGUCCCCCCCUCCGCCCACCCACCAGGUCCUUCCUCCCUUGACUUCUUCCCUUUUCCACGGCCCGCCCUUGCUGUGGGUGCUGCCGCCACCACCGGCACGACAACCACCGCUAUGAUUCCACCGAGCAGCACCAGUGGGAGUAAUCCGUCUGCGCUGCUGCCCGCCCUGCCAUCCACCCUCCCGCCCCUCUCCUCCCUGCGCCUGUACACGUCGCCACAUCGCUCCGUGCAGUGGGACCUGCCCCCCGCACACUCCCUGCUGCGCGCCCUCCUCGCCCUCCCUGCUCCUCCCACUGCCCCGCCUGCCACCCCCAUCGCUCCCUCUUCUUUCCUUGACUCACCCGCUGCAGCUCGUGCACCAGAAAGCGGCUUUGGCUUCACAGCUCGUGCAGCUCUGUGUGUGCCUACCACUAGCAGCACCGUCCUCGCAGCACAGGAACCCGUGCCUGCUGCAGCACCCAGCACAAGGCCCACAGCAGCAGCGGCAUGUGGGAGAAUGGGGGGCUCUGGGCUCAUGGCCCGCAUGGCGGCCCGUGCAGGUGCUGCUGAUGCCGGUUCUGCUGGUGCAGGUGCUGUCACAGGCAGGCCCCAGAGUGUUCGGACAAUGGGGUCAGUGGGUGCAUGCUCCCUGCGCUCCCUGCACGCGCAGCACACCUUCAGCGCGUCCUGGCAAAGCAUAGGCGUGUGCUGCCAUGGGCUCACAGAGCUCGACCUCUCCUUCCCUCCGCGGCCCCACUCCCCCUCCACAUGGGGCGGGGCAGCAGCACAGGGGGGGCUGACAGGCAUAGAGGAGAUCGUGCUGUGUGGGACUCUCUCCAUGCUGCCACACCUGCAGCGCCUCGCUCUGCCCAGUGCCAACGACCAGGUGCUCACGCACGUGGCCCGCUGCUGCCCCCACCUCUCGUCCCUCCUCGCUCAGCCACACAUACUCGCCACCUCCCCCGAUGCCAGCCUCCCCCGCUGCCCCCCGCAGCCGCAUGUGACAGACGAUGGCGUGCGGGCGCUGGCACAUGGGUGCACGCGGUUGGUCCACCUGAGCUUGGCGGGGUGUGUGCGUGUGGGGGCAGCAGUGCGGCAGCUGGCAUUCCACUGCCAGCAGCUGCGAGUGCUGAGGCUGGAAGGCAGCGCUGUGGACGAUAAGGCAGUGCUGGGAGCACUCUUUGGUGGAGCCUGGAAGUGCCAUGCUGUUUAUCCCUCUUCUUCUUCUUCUGCUCGUGCUGCUGUUAAAGGGGCUGGUGGUGGUGCAAGUGGUGCUGCCAGUGUCUCUGGCGGCCAUGGUACCAAUGGCGUGGUGCAGCUGCUGCUUCCUAGGCUUGUGCUGCUGGACCUGUGGGGCUGUGCUGCUGUCACCUCUGAAUUGCUACUCGCUAUUCUGCAGGCAGCAAGGGAGCUGGCAGCAGCAGCAGCGGCAGCAAGGAAAGGAAAGGAAUCCGGAGAGAAAGAAGUCGGGAUUCCUGAAGGGGCUUUAAAAGGCAAGGAUCAUGAGAGGCCUUCAGGAGGAAACAAGUGCACGAAGCGUGGAGGGGAAGAGGUGGUGGAACGCAGGUCCAAUGUUGGUCAGCUGCAGCUUCAGCUUCGGCGCCUCAUGGUGUCUCCAAGCGUCCUCAAGGGGUCCAAAGGGAAUGACAAGGGGGGGAUAAAGAAUAAGGCCGAUGACCGGGAUUUCCGCCUAACGCGGGCGCGCGAGAUGCUAGCUCACGCGAGCGAUUCGGAGCGACGGCAGCUGGAGUCGUUUUACCCUGAACUACGGAGCGGCGCGGACGACUUUGAUGAGGACCCAAUGGACGGCGACGAUUUGGCGACGAUCGACUUGGACGACCCUCCACUGUUCUUCCUCCACGUCGGUCGCGAUUGGCUCGAAGCUGACGUCACCACGUCUACUAACGGCAUCGAUUUUGGCCUUAUAGGCUGUCAGCUCUCUUCCGCCGAUUUCGUUGGCUUGCGCGAGGUACCGCAUGCAGCGGCCUCCGCGGACCUCCCCUCCGCGGAUCUUCAUCUCCAGCCGCCGGCUCCCGCCGCCAAAUCGGCUUCCGCCGCCGCUGCCGCCGCCGCCGCUUCCCGACGCCCGCGUGCCUUUUUAUCGUCGCUGCUCGUGCCCUCCGCUAAGCUCGCUGGCGGCGCAGCCACGCGCAAAUCCGCGUCGGGGUCCACUGGUGUCUCCUGGACUGGCGGAACGAACGGCGUGGCGCGCACGCGGCACAGCGUGCCGGAUGGGGGUGACCGCCACAGCGCGCGGGAUACAGGGCGGACGCAGAAGACGGGGGACUGUAAUGGCGGGGCAUUGAACGGCGGUGUAGGGGGUUUCGUUGGAGGGGAAGAGCAGAGCGGGGGAGGCGGGGGACCUGGUCGUGCGGAGAGAACCAGGGGCAGCGCGGGAAGCCGAUGGGACGGGCCCAUGCGCCGACUGACUUUCUCCUGCAACGCCAGCGGGUACAAGGCGAUAGAGGGCAAGAUAAGCGAGUGGGCAGCAGCAGCGCACAGCACGGCCAUCAUGAUCGACGCCAGUAAAGCCGCCAUCCGCGCCCGCUCCUCCUCCUCCUCCUCCUCCCUCUCCUCCGCCGCUGCCCCACACCGCCCCAGCACUGGAGCAACAGCAGCAGGGGCAGCAGGCGCGAGCAGAGCACGAGUGGCAAACGGUGGGCCCAGCAGGGGAAGGGGCUCGGGUUCCAGAGGAAUGCUGCGGAGCCCGUCAGAUGAUGCAGUAUCAGAAAGGGGCGCAGUGGGGAUGCGCGUGGGAGCGUCCCAAGAGGGAGUGGGGGGCGAGGCUGUGCCGAGUGGGGAGUCGACGGUGGGUGGGUGGGCUGUGUUUUAUGGCUCCCUGCCUGCCAACGACGUUGCUGCCAUGCCGCCACACGCAGAGCAACCACAGGAAGCAGCACAGGAGCAGACGCAGGGUAGGGCUCACGAGCAGGAGGGGAAGAGGGGGGAGGAGGUGAGGAGGGGAUUGGAGGAGCAGCAAGCAGCAGCGGUGCAGGGUGCGGGGUGUGAGCGGGGCGAGAGGCCAUGUGGUGUUGGGGAACAGUUCGUGGAAGGAUGCGGUGCAGGCAUGUCAGGUGGAGGGGGUGAGAGUCCGUCUGGGUGUGAGGGAGAGAGGGCAGAGGGAGAGGUGGGCUUGGGUGUGGUGCAGGGGAGUGGCAUGGCGGAGGAGGGGAUGACGGACAGUGAACCCGCGAAGGGGGGCAGCGGUGCUGUGGCUGUGGAGGGUCGGUUCCUUCCCUCUCGGGAUGCUCCGUCGCAGCUCUUAUCUGAUGGCAACUGCAAAGCGCUGGCAGUGGCUCUUCCUGCGCGCCUGCGCACGGCCCGGUGGACGCUGCUGUACAGCACUGCCAGGGACGGCAUCAGUCUGGCCACGCUGUACCGCAAAGUGGCGAAGAAGGGACCCUUGCUGCUCAUUGUGCGCGAUUCCCGCAAGCAUGUGUUUGGCUGCUUUACAUCAGAGGAAUGGAAGGUGUCUACUCGUUAUUAUGGCAACGGGGAGUGCUUUGCCUUCCAGGUGCGGCCUCAGCUGAUGGCUUUUCGGUGGACACGGGCCAACGCAUUGUUCAUGCUCUCCAGUGCCAACUCCCUCGCACUUGGUGGCGGGGAUCACUACAGCCUGCUGUUGCAGUCUGACCUUCUGUCAGGCUACAGCGGACCCUGUUCCACAUUUGGCAGCUGCUCCCUCUCAAGCACGGAGGACUUCAGCGUGACACGUGUGGAAGUGUGGGGCUUCAAAUGA